AUGUCGACGACUCCCGCUUCCUCGCCCCGCGCCUCCCAUUCCGUCGGCCAGAACCAUCCUCCCAAGCUGUCUCCGUUGCGGCCCGACAUGAGGCCACCGAGCCCCAACUACUUUGGACUGGUCGUCGAUUCGUCCCACGACCCUCGAGAUUCUUCCGGCCUGGGCAACAACUGGAGUCCAGCCUCGUCGUCAGUCAAGUCCUUUGCUGCCGCUCUGCCCAGGCCUAUCGAAGCUACCAAUCCCGACUUUGAGGCCUUCAGGAGGCAGAUUGAUAUAAACAGGGGUGGCAGGUCGUUUGCUCUGCCAACCUCACAUUACGUCCAGCCCACUUCCAACCCCGCCCUCACACGCCCACGAGUGCCUAGAGCGCAUACUCAUGCGAGCGAUACGGGCUCAGAGAACUCCUUUCCUCGCCUUAGCUUGCCAAGAGACCGUCCGUCAAGUCGUAUGGAUGUAGACCAGGAUAGCCUCCAUGACUCUGCAUAUGUAUCGUCCGACUCGAAGCGCAAUUCUGAAGCUUCGUUAUUUCCAAUGCAGCUCACUAACCUCCCGAGAUUCGAGUCCCCGAUGCCAAUGGACCCCAUGCAGUCUCAGGCGACGCCGGCUCGAUCUGAGAACACAAACACCCAACUCACAAUGACUGAGCACAGGCCCCAGCCUCCUUCACCCAAUCCACCGUUGACGCCCCUAACGAGAGCUGCCACAAUGCCCAUUAAGCUGGAACCCGGGCAACCAUCAUUGAUCACUGCAGAAACUCUCAAGGACCUACUCGAGGCCGAGGAUGAGGACGAUAUUUUGCUGUUGGACAUACGGUCUUCAACAAACUACGCCGCGUCCCGAAUCCAGGGAGCCCUCAACCUGUGCAUCCCCACCACUCUCCUAAAGCGUAACACUUACAACACCGAAAAGUUGCAACAGACCUUCCAGGACAGCUCCGCUGGAGACAAGUUUGCCACCUGGAAGGAUGUAGAAAGGAUCAUUGUUUACGAUUCCCACUCGUCGGAUGCGCGUGACACCGUUGCGGCCCAGAACAUGAUUAAGAAGUUUACAAAUGAGAAAUACCUCGGAGAGACUGCCAUUCUCAGAGGUGGCUUUCAAAAGUUCCAAAGCUUGUUUCCUGGCUUUGUCGAUAAGUCCUCGACUGUGCCUGUGAACCCCGACGGCGGUGGUUUCCCAGGUGCUAUGAGAGGCCUUGCUCCUGUCAUUGGUGGCGUCAGCCUACCAACGUCCAUGAACCCUUUCUUCUCCAAUAUCAGACAGAACAUGGACCUGGCAGAUGGCGUCGGCCAAUUGGACGUUGCUUGGCCUCAUGGGCUGGAGUCCGACGUGCUUCCUCUGUGGCUUCGCGAUGCGGCAGCCCCGCAAGACCACGGCAAACGUGUGUCGGAUUUCUUUUUGCGGAUUGAGAUGGAAGAGAAGACUCGUAUGCAGAAUGCGUAUGCCGCGUUCAACGAGGGGAACCCUGCCCACAAUCCAGCCAUGAACGGCCGGGUGCAGCUCUCGGGCGUUGAAAAGGGCGGCAAGAACCGCUACAAGGACAUUCUCCCCUUUGAGCAUGCGCGUGUCAAGCUUCAAGACAAACCCUUAGGGGCUUGUGACUACAUCAAUGCCAGUCAUCUCAGUGCGUCGAGGAGCAACAAGAAAUAUAUUGCGAGCCAGGGCCCCCUGCCCGCUACUUUUGAGGACUUCUGGUCGGUUAUCUGGGAACAGGAUGUGCGCGUUAUUGUCAUGUUGACGGCCGAAUCUGAAGGCGGCCAACUCAAGUGUCACACGUAUUGGAAAGAUCGCGAAUACGGGCCUAUCAAACUGAAGCAGCUUUCCGAGAAGAAGGCAUCACUUGACCUCGACAAGCUCGACAAGCAUCGUUCUGCCGCCACGCAAAACAGCAACGCUUCAUCGAGUGAGGCUGGCCGAAGGCGGGCUAACACGACAACCACCCUGGAGACGGCUACAGGAAAGUCUACUCCCCUCCAAGAGCAAUCUGAGCCAACGUUUGUCACCAUUCGCAAGUUUGCUCUCACGCAUUCUUCUCACCCCUUUGCUCCCAUUAGGGAGAUUACUCAUCUCCACUUCUCUUCUUGGCCCGACUUUGGCACGCCGGCCCAGCCGUCUCACCUUCUUGCCUUGGUAGAACUCGCCAACGUCAUGCAGCGUGCGGCUCUCCCGGUCGAGACGGCCUCGAUUAUGGGAUCCAGCAAGAUUGCCAAUGACAUUGCGUCGAUUCAGUGGUACGACGAGCCCGAAGCCGACAGCGCAAGCCGUCCCAUGCUUGUUCACUGCUCGGCUGGAUGUGGCAGGACGGGAGCGUUUUGCACUGUGGAUAGUGUGAUUGAUAUGAUGAAGCGCCAGCGGCUGGCCAAGCUGCCAGGCGGACAACCUCUUGCUCGGGAGCCAGAGGAAGACACGCAAAUGAUGGACUUUGAUGAGGCCAUCUCCCCCAUGACUAACAGGGAGAUGAGCUUCAAGUUCAACACGGAUCACGAAAUGGGCUUCAAAUUCAACACGGAUCCCGAGCCAAGACUCCAGGAUGCAGGCAUGGAACACUCGUCCGUCGAUGGGCCCUGGGUGCGAGACGAUUCGGUUGAUUUGAUUCAAAGGACGGUAGAGGACUUCCGCGAGCAGAGACUCAGCAUGGUCCAGAGCCUACGACAGUAUGUAUUGUGUUACGAGACGGUGUUGGAAUGGGUCCACCGAUUGCAUGACAGAGGCGCCGGCGCCAGUGCCGGCAAAAGACCUCGCAGCGAGAGCUACCAGUUCUCAUGA